AAGAGGGUUCCACUCUGACCUGUUCCGACCCUGAUCCGACCUCUCUCGAACACCGACCUGAUCCGACCGUGUUCACUUCGAACACGGUCGGAUCAGGGUCGGACCAGAGUCGGAACAAGGUCGGGAAAAUCCCUCCCUCCCGCCGCCGCUGACCCCUGUUCCGACCGGUCGGAUCAGGUCGGAUCACGGUCGGAACAGAGUCGGAGUUCACAGGCCGAGCUCCGAGUUCACAGCCACGUGCCGUACGUCCCGUUGACGUACAGCCAUGUGCACGCCUGACACGGACACUGCCCCUCGCGCCGACGAGCCGUGCGGGCCUCCGUCGGCGGCGUCAGACGAGCUGGCGGUGACGACUGCGACGCCCGCUGAGGCGGCGGCGGCGGAGGCGGCGGCGGAGGCGGCGGAGGCGGCGGCGGAGGCUGAGGUGCCGCCGCCGGCCGAGGAGCCGGCGGCGGAGACGGAGGGCCCGGCGGAGGAGGAAACGGCUGCGGUGGCGCUCCCGGGAGGCGAGCCGGCGGCCGAGGAGGAGGCGGCGGACGAGGAGGUGGUGGCGGCAGGGCAGCCGGCAGGCACGGCGCCCGAGGUGCGCAAGUUGCCCAGCACGACUCUCUCAGUCACGCUGAAGGGCGACAAGGCGCAGCCGGCGAUGACCGCGGACCUCUCCAGAAGGCGGGGCGUGAAGGUCAAGACCUACUCACGCACCAUCGCGCUGACCAUCACAGCCGGCACGACCACCACGCUGCGCGAGCUCGCGACUCAGGGCGCUCUCAAGAUUCUGGGCCCACGCGCGGCCGAGGUCGCGUUGCGGCAGGAGGGUGUGCUCCACGCCGAGGACGCACUCGACGAGCCGGUCAAGCUCGACACGUCGGUCGUCUUCUCGCCACCCUCGACGCCCUCGACUGACCUCGUCCUCAUCGUCUACCUCGAUGCCGAGAUCUUCCGCGACGCGUUUGUCGGCAAGGUCAAAGCCGACAAGGAGAGCUUCGAGAGCAACGCAAAGGCCCACUCGAUCAACAUCCAGCAGGUGGAGAUUUACGAGAUGAGCGGGGUGAACAAGACCAACUUUCUCGCAGGGAUCGGCGCCAGCGGGAUGGACAAGGCGCCGCUCAACUGCUGCAACACGGAGAAGAUCGAGACGUGGCUCGCCAAGUACAAGGGGAAGAUGGAGAAGCUGCGCGCCGACCUCCUCGACCUGCGCCGCCGCAAGCAGGAGGGCAAGGCGUCUACCGCCAAGAAGAGCACCAAGCGGGCGCUCCCUCCUGCGGUCCCACACCUCUGCGCCGACACUGCCUCGCAUGUGUUCAACGAGGCGGCAAACUCUCUCUUCCUGGCCUCGCUUGCGGCCUGGUCUGCGGUCGACGGCAAGGAGCGGCGGAAGUAUGAGAAGCACUUCCUCGAGAGCGCCACCCAGGCGGAGGUGGCUGAUAAGUUUGGCAUGGUUGGCAUCACGCUCCCGCAGGUUACCGCCAAGUUCCGCAACAUGAGGAACCGCGAGGCGAAGAAGCAGAAAGCUGCUCAGUGA